GCAGCACCGAGCUGAGCGGCUGCCCCGCCGACGCCAGAACUGCCAUUUCUCGUUCCGGGCAUUCAUUCAGUAACAUGCGGUCAUUUCUCGUGCAUGCCGUCCUCUUCGGACUCGGCACCAGCCUGCGGAUGCCGAGAGGGCUCCUGCUCAGGCGCCCAUCUAACGCACCGACAGCGACCCGUGCCGCGGCGGUCGCGGAGAUCUCGAGAGACGAAGAUUUGGUAGCAAAUGCACCCGAACUGCUCUUCACGCCGCUGGGCCCGCGCAAGGCUUUAAACCCCCUCUCGCCGGAAUCAGCAACAAAGAACGCCCUCAGCGGCUUCGCCGUGUCGCUGGCGAUGAUCCCCGAGGCUGUGGCAUUUGCCUUCGUCGCUGGCGUUUCCCCCAUCGUGGGCCUCCAGACGACGGCCGUUUUAGGAUUUGUGGCGGCGGCUUUUGGUGGGCGCGGCGGCAUCACGACGGGCGCGUCGGGCGCGUGCGCCGUCGUCGUUGCCGGUUUGGUAGCAUCACACGGCGCGUCGUACCUCUCGGCGGCGGUGGCGCUCGCCGGUUUAAUACAAGUGUCGCUCGGCGUCUUGGGCGCGGGCAAGUUCAUUCGAUUGGUGCCGCACCCGGUGAUGUUGGGGUUUGUGAACGGUUUGGCAGUAGUGAUGACCCGGGCCCAGUUGCGCCACUUCCGGGCGCCGCUCGCCUGUGGGUUGGCGAGCCCCGAAGCGCUGGCGAUGGUCGGUUUAACUUCAUUAACGAUGGGCUUGGUGCGGCUCGUGCCGCGGCUGACGCGGGCCGUGCCGCCGACGCUGGCAGCAGUGUCUCUGGUAUCUGUGCUGUCGUCAGUGUUAAAACUGCCCGCGACCACAUUAGCCGAUUUGGCGGGCAAGGAGGCCUUCGCCGGCGGGUUGAAAGUCCUGCCUUCGUUCAAGGUACCGGCGGCCUUCUCGGCUUUGAAGACCGCACCGGCUGCGUUCCUCAAGGUGGUCCUGCCCUACGCGGCGACGAUGGCGUGCGUCGGCUUGGUGGAGUGCUGUGUGGAAAUCAACCAGCGCUGGCUCCGUACGCCAUCGAGCAGAUAUCAUGAAGAUGGCGUGGAGGUCGACGAACGCGCCGUAAAAUUUUGAUUUCCACACAGGUCGAGAGCCUGCUUACGUUACAAUUAGUGGACGGCAUCGCCGACGACGGUAAUAGAGGCUCCACGCGCCAGGAGUGCAUCGGCCAGGGCCUGGGCAACUUAGCCUCGGGCCUGACGGGCGGCCAGGGCGGCUGCGCUUUGAUAGGACAGUCGCUGAUCAACGUGGAGGCUGGAGGUACGUCGCGCCUGAGCGGUAUGGUUAUGGCUGGUGGCCUCGCCGCGGGCCUCGUCUCGGCCGCGCCACUGCUUGGCCCUGCGUGGAAAUCGACCAGUGCGUCGGGUGCACCCGAUAAUUCUUCACUACACAGGCUUGGCCGGAUCCCCAUCGCCGCGUUGGUAGGUGUCAUGCUCCUCGUGUGCAAGCAGACCUUCUCCUGGUCGUCAUUACGCUUGAUCAACAAGAUUCCAAAAGUGGACCUAUUUACGAUCGCGCUCGUGUCCACGGUCACCGUCACCAAAGAUUUAGCUCAAGCUGUGUUCUACGGCGUCGUCGCGUCGGCUCUAGGCUUCGCCUGGAAGCAAUCCACGAGGAUCAAGGCGACGUCAUCCGUGCCUACCGGAGGCUGGAAGACGUAUGCUGUCGACGGGCCCCUCUUCUUCGGGAGUACGUCGACGUUCUCCAAUCAGUUCGACCCGAAGAGCGAUCCGAAUGACGUCAUCAUCGACUUCAAGUCUUCACGAGUCGUGGACCACUCGGCGCUGGAGUCGAUCAACGAGCUCGCGCGCAAGUACGGCGACCUGUCGAAGAAGGUUCACUUGCGGGGCCUGUCGUCGGACUGCUACCAGCUGCUGGAGCGGCUCAACGGUGCCUCGACCGAUUACGAGCUCAUGGAACCCAGUUCAGAGGACCCGAUCUACGAGGUCGCCGAGGACUACUCCAAGUACGGGACGAUAUCCGUGCCGCGGAAGGACGCGGCGCCUCCCGCUGAGCCGGAGGAGUGAGGUCCUCGCGGUAAGUUUUCUAAGUAA